UAAGCCGGGGCUGGGAGAGGCGACCCCAGGAGUCAGCAGGCCUGGGCGGUGCCGGUGGAGAAAGAUGUCUUGGCCCCGCCCCUGAACCAGGAGCCACCAUGUUGGUGAUACCCCCCGGACUGAGCGAGGAGGAGGAGGCUCUGCAGAAGAAAUUCAACAAACUGAAGAAAAAGAAAAAGGCAUUGCUGGCUCUGAAGAAGCAAAGUAGCAGCAGCAUAGCCAGCCAAGGCGGCGUGAAACGCUCUCUGUCGGAGCAGCCCGUGGUGGACACAGCCACCGCAACGGAGCAGGCAAAGCAGCUGGUGAAGUCGGGAGCCAUCAGUGCCAUCAAGGCUGAGACCAAGAACUCAGGCUUCAAGCGUUCUCGAACCCUAGAGGGAAAGUUAAAAGACCCUGAGAAGGGGCCGGCCCCCACCUUCCAGCCCUUCCAGAGGAGCGUAUCUGCCGAUGACGACCUGCAGGAGUCGUCCAGACGCCCCCAGAGGAAGUCCCUGUACGAGAGCUUUGUUUCCUCUAGUGACCGGCUUCGGGACCUGGGGCCAGAUGGGGAGGAGGCAGAGGGCCCAGGGGCUGGUGACGGCCCUCCACGAAGCUUUGAAUGGGGCUACGAAGAACGUGGUAACGCCCGCUCCUCAGUCUCCCCUCCCCGAAGCCGCAGCCGGGACCGCAGUCGUGAGCGGAACCGGGACAGAGAACGGGAACGGGACCGAGAACGGGACCGGGAGCGAGAACGGGACCGGGACCGAGAACGGGACCGGGACCGAGAACGGGACCGGGAGGGCCCUUUCCGCAGGUCGGACUCGUUCCCUGAACGCCGGGCCCCUCGGAAGGGGAACACUCUCUACGUGUACGGGGAAGACAUGACGCCCACCCUCCUCCGUGGGGCCUUCUCCCCCUUUGGAAACAUCAUUGACCUCUCCAUGGACCCGCCCAGAAACUGUGCCUUCGUCACCUAUGAAAAGAUGGAGUCGGCAGAUCAGGCCGUUGCUGAGCUCAACGGGACGCAGGUGGAGUCCGUGCAGCUCAAGGUCAGCAUUGCCCGCAAACAGCCCAUGCUGGAUGCCGCCACUGGCAAGUCUGUGUGGGGCUCCCUCGCCGUCCAGAACAGUCCUAAGGGCUGCCAUCGGGACAAAAGGACCCAGAUUGUCUACAAUGACGAUGUCUACAAGGAAAACCUUGUGGAUGGCUUCUAGGUGGCGGAGCUGAACUGCUUGUGCCCCGCCUGCCCGACACUAGUCUCAGUAAAGCACUGAGGUGGAAGCUCACACA